CAACAGACCUUCUACUUAAUAGCUUUCCCUGGCUCCACAAAACAGUAACUCCAUGACGUUAGCUAGCUAGCAAGCUAACAAGAAAAGCCAGCUAAAACGUGUGAUAUAGACUAACUAGGGUUUACGGCUGUACGGAUAAUUUACCAAUGUAUUUGUCAAGCUAACUAACUAAUUGCGACUGCUCUGUCUUGGAUGGCUGUUCAUCUUGAAAAUUCUCCUCAUAAUGCUAUACUGUAGCCACCCCCUGGCAAAAUCAAUAUGGCAUCUGAUAGCUACCCAUCACAUGAGGGCAGGAAGAAGAAGAGUGACGGAUGUGUAAAGAGCAAAGACAAAGAAGCUGAUGUCCUGAAGGUCCGGGUGGACAUAGAGGAGCUCACAGCCUCUGGCCACAUUGCCCUAAAGCAAGGGUACUGCAAAGAAGCCCUCAGCUGUUUCAAAAAGGCCUUCAAAGCUUCCAUAGAGUUAAAGGAGACCAGGGUCCAGCAGGCAUGUGCCUUUAACCUGGGAGCUGCCUACGUGGAGGCGGGUAAAGCCCUGAAGGGGCUGGACUUCCUGAAGCAGGCCCAGCCAGGAGAGAGGGGGGAGCGGGUAGCAGACCUCCAGUUCAACCUGGCCGUAGCCCAUGAGACCCUGGGGAACCACGGCCAGGCGGCUGGUCACUACCUCCAGGCAGCCCAGCUGUACCGCUCCCAGGGGGACGGGGCCAGUGAGGGGGACACCUGCAUGAAAAUGUCCCACUGUCACCUGCUCCUAAAGGACUGGACCCAGGCAGCUCAGAGUUUCCAGAGGGCUGGGGAGAGCUACAGGAUGGCAGGCAAGCUGGACUCAGCCACCAUGGCCUACAAAGAGGCAGGGAGUCACAUGCUCCAGUCAGAUGACUUCACCAUGGAUGAUAUCAUCACCGUGCUCACUGAUUGCCUUGAGCUGAGCAACAACAUCAAAGACCCAGAGUUGCUCGGUAAGGUGUACAACGACCUGGGCCUGAGUUUCUCCCAGCUGAAGUUGUUCCAGGAGGCAGCCGGGUGCUAUGAGCGGGCCCUGCCCCUGGCCAGCACCAGGCCCAGCAGGCUGGCCGUGGUCCUACAGAACCUGGGAGCCGUUCACAACACACUGAGCCAGUACCGGCAGGCCCUGGACUACCACCUCCAGGCAGCCAGCCUGCAUGGGUCUUUGGGCAGUCGUCGUGCUCAGGGCCGCUGCUUCAGUAACUUGGCCUUUGCUCUCAGUCAGCUGGGGGAGCAUGAGGAGGCAGCAGAGAACUACCUCCACGCCCUGCAGGCCUUCAAAGACACUGAUGACUAUAAGGGCCAAUGGCAGACUUGUGAGUGUUUAGGGAAGCUCGAUUUAAGUUGAGAGACCUGGAGAGAGCCACCCUACUACAAACAAGCUCUGGGUUACUGUCAAAUUGCAAGGACUCGUCCAGCUCGGUCCAGGAGCGUCUGGUCAACAAGCUGAGUGAGGCCCUGCAACACAGGCUGUCACUGAUCACCCCCUGGAAAACCCCAGAGAUGUCUCGGCCCUCGUCUACACACUCAAAAUAGAAAAGCUGUUCUGAAUGGCCAUAGGGCAAAGAAUGAGCCCCAAGGUGAGGACCUUCAGCUUAUAUGUUGACUGUGAAAAAUGGUUCCAU